AUGCCGCUCUUAAAGCGCAAGGCGAUCAAACUGGUGCCUCCACCCAGCAUCGAUGACUUUGAGGAGAACACUCCCGUCUACAUGAUGCGAUUCACCAACGAGAUCUUUACCAACUAUGAAGAUUACAUCAAUCGAUACUUCUUUUACAAGCAAAAGAACUGGCAAUGCGAGACAACCGGAAAGUCUGGAUUGACCUAUGAAGAGGCGCUCGAGUCAGAGCACAAAGAAAAGUCCAUGGUCGCCAACAAAUUUCCUCCACAGCUUCGAAAACCCUUGCUGGAGUUUGUGCAGUUCCAAACCGUGAGGAUUGACGCUGUUGUAGAUGAUGCGUUCACAAAGUUCAAGAACGUAUACUUUCAAAACGAACCCGUCAAUGUUUCUUGGGACAAGUCGACAUAUAAUGCUGUGAUUCGCAAAGUGCUACCAAAGGAGGAAUGGACAACAGUGCAAAACGGAGCGGAGAAUCCAGAGGAGCCAGGACAGUAUCUGGUUCAGGUUCUGGAUCGGAGGGGUGAUGCUAUUGAGGACAUGCAGCGCGUCGUCGAUUGUUCGUUACUGAGCCGUGAUCGCCUAGCCUUCAACAAAAACAUCCUGCGAAAGUACAUUCGAGAAUGUUCAUCAAAGGAAAACUACAUUGGCGCGCCAUGGCUGGUCAAGCCAUCAUUGGCGAAAAAGUACGGAAUAGAGACACGUCUCCCAGCGGAUCUCCAGGCCGCACGGGAUUUGGUCUUCUCCAAGUUGAAGAAGCGGAAGGGACCCGCGGAUCCGGCACCUGAGCUGGCAGCAGCAAAGAAGGCUAAGAAGGAGGCUGCAGAGAAGGCAAAGGAGGAAGGCACGUCAGAAUCGGCAACACCCGCGGAUGUCAAAGUGAUUAAAUAUCCUAUGGAGGACCUGGAUCUGGACCCAACUUUGGUGGCAAAAGACUGCGAAGGCCCAACAGCACGACCCGAGACCCAGAAGGAUAUCUCUGUGCCACAGGAUUGCUUCGAGGCAGUCGUCAUGGCCUGGCAGUUUUUGAAUUCUUUUAGCUCGGCGCUGAAAUUGUCACCUUUUGGGCUGCAGGAUUUUGAGGACUCUCUUGCGCACUCGGACGCCCAGCAUCCAAGCGUUAUGGUGGCAGAAUAUCACUCGGCCCUUUUGAAUGUAAUUAUCCAGGACCGACUCAAGGGAAUCGCGAAACCUGUUUUGCUCAGCACAACAGGCACUCCAACUGGAGCAUCGGCAGGCGCUCGCGAGGACAGGGAAAGCAGUGUGAUGACUGAGGACGAUGAAAGCACAGUGGACGACGGCGAUCUGUCCAUAGGAGGACAUGACGAGUAUAUACAGAGGCGCAAACUGCCCCACCGCCCGAUCAAUGAGCGGGUGGUAGUCAUUGGCAAUGGAUGGGACGAGAAGCUGGUCUUGCCGCCCAGAGAGGGUUGGGAGUCAGUACUGGUUGGACUUGUGAAUGAGCUUGGGUCUUUUGAUGCUAUUCCCAACGUUGACCGUAUUUUGAACCGCCUUGUGCCCAACGAGACCAGUCUGAAGGAAGAUGUCGAAUUCUUGUUUCCCACACUGCCAUAUGAAGACAAGGUCAGCGUACUUGUUUUCCUGGUCGAGACAGCGGCCGGCACAAGCACCAUCAGACACUACAUGGAGCAAUGUCGCGAGCAACUGAAGGAGUUGCGUCUUCAAAAGUUCGAGAUCAACAAGGAGAGGAGGCAAUUGCAAGCGGACAAGGCCGAGUUUGAGCGCCAAGAGUCAGCCGAUAAUAAGAGUGCAGCAGCUUUGGAGAAGGCAGAGCUAGAGUUGCAACGGAGCGCUGCCGCGACUCCUGAACCAACUUCGUCUCAUGAAGUCGAUAGUGAGGCCGAGGCGAAUGGCGACCUCUCACGAACCGAGUCCCGGCAAGAGAAACUCAAGCGUCAACAGAUGGAGCGUGAACUGCAGGAGUCUCGUCGACAUCAGGAUCUCCUACGUCAGCGUGCACUCACAAAAGCGCGGAGCGCGGAGCAAAAGGCGCGUCAUGAUACUCGAAAGAGGUUGGCGGACAAGGAGCAUGCGUUGAACAGGAAGGAGGAGCAGGUUGAUAGGGAUGUGCGUCGGUUUGCGAUCGCGAGGGUGAGACCAUUGGGCAAGGAUCGGUUCUAUAACCGGUACUGGUAUUUUGAUGGGAUCACGAUGGACCAUGCGACGGAUCGCCUCUAUGUCCAGUCGCCAUCAUUUUUGGAUCUGGAAAUUGUCCGUACAAGAGCUGAUAAGGACGAGGUGCUGAAGAGACAGCGGAUGGAAGAUCCGUCGGGUGGGUUGGAAGAUCUAUUGAAGACGCAGGAACAGGAGAUUAUUCAAGGAUUGGCGGUAGAGAGGGCGGCGAGAGAGAAGAAGCUGCAGCUGGAGAGGGAGCGGGCACUGGAUACGGAUGAUGAGGACGAAACCGAUGAUACAAAGGGGCCAGGGUUGGCGAACGGAGGCACGCAUAAGGUUGCUACAGAUGAUGCAAAGGAAGAGCUGUUGGAUGAGACUGUGCCUGUCGAACACAAGCCUACACAGUGGAGCUAUUACUGCGAACCGGAGCAGAUCGACAGUCUACUGCGAUGGCUGAAUUCCAAGGGCACGCGCGAGAGUGUGUUAGUGAGUGCGCUCAACAGCCAUUAUGAUCUGAUUGUUGGGGGUAUGCAGCGUCGGCACCAGGACCUGCUAAACCAGCUGCAUAAGGAGCAGCACCGCCGGAGUACCAGGACCAAGACUGUCCAGGCCACAGAGGGCUACCUCGGUUAUGUCAACAGGCAGAGCAAGUGA